ACAUUUUAUAGCAACCAUAUUUUGACCACACGCACACCAAAGCGAACCAGCUGUCAUUCCGCGCUAUUGUCAAAACCGUUCUUCGGCGAUUCCGAUUCCCGUACCAGCCCUGGUGCACAGUUAGGUCGAGUUAACGCAUCUCAAUACUGCAAAAACAAGACGUGAAAGACGUCGUUCCGUAGGUUAGUGGGACCGAUUCCAGCCAUUUUGCGUCAUGGUGCCAAUCGAUAGUGCCCUGCACAAUCGGUGAUUUUAAUUCGUUUAACUUGGUGCGGUGCUGCUAGCCGUGUCUGCAGUAAAAGCAUAAAGGUUUUUUUUAGUGUACCCGGAACUGAAUCAUUGAAUGGCAAGGCGCCCAGUUUCCUGUGGUUAACAACGCUUGCAGCCACGACGCGACAAGUGCAACGAUUCGCUAAAGGCGCAGGCUGACAUUGAAAGAACUUUUAGUCUUCCCCGGUAACGAUUAUUCUGCCUAGUAAUUCCCGACACUCCCGCCACCGGGUAGGGAAGAAACGGCUGUAAAUCACGAAUCAGCAAGCGACCACCGGCUACUAGUAACGUUGACGGUAGUACCAUACAUGGACCAUUCGGAGCACCACGACUAUAGCCAGCACGCAAACAUGUCGAGCGGAGGUGCACACGCAGGACACGCCGGUCAUACAACGGUUGAUCACAGCGCACACGAUCACACGAUGAUGGAUCAUGGAGCGCACGGUCAACAUCAUGGAGCUGGUGCAGGAGGUCCGGCCGGUAUGGUACACCAUAUGAUGUCGAUGUCGUUUCACGGCGGCUACGAUGAGACGAUCCUUUUCGAACAGUGGAAAAUCGAUAGCCUUAGCGGGUUGCUCUGGUCGAUGUUGCUCAUCUUUGUAAUGGCUGCACUGUACGAGGGCCUGAAAUACUACCGGGAGCAUCUGUUCUGGCGGACUUAUAAUGCACUCCAGUAUCGUCCCGUCACGGUGACGGAGAAAAGCAAUGGCAAUGGUGUGCCGGCGGUUCCCGGCACCUCGACCGCUGAACGGGGUGCGGGCGAUGGUCUUAAUGGUGCGGGUAGUGGUGUCGGUGGAUCGAACGAGGAGGGUGCCCGAAUCGUGCACAUGGUUGGUGAAGUGAUCCACAAGCAGCCACCGACGAUGCUGUCACUGAUGCACCUUUAUCAAACGUUCCUGCACAUCCUUCAGGUCACGACUAGCUUCCUGCUGAUGUUGAUCUUCAUGACGUACAACACGUGGCUGUGUCUAGCGGUUGUGCUCGGUGCCGGUCUCGGAUAUUUCCUGUUCGGUUGGAAAAAGUCUGUCAUCGUCGACGUUACCGAGCACUGUCACUAAGGCACACAGGAAGCGAAACAUUGAACCCAAGCAACUGGAAUUCGAUGGAUGUGUUGGAUCAACCGGUAAAUUGCUGUACCUGUAAGUGGCGACGUAUGUCUGCUUGUUGCAGAACACUGUUACGAUCGCGCUGUAUUGCGUUUGGUACCUUUUUGGCCGGGAAAUCCUGUUCAACCCAUCGAGUCGGCUUUUCCGCUAGCGGGCUUACAUAUGAAUCUAUAUGGUACUAUACAGUAACACAAGGAAGGAGGAGCAAACAUCGAAAAACAAAGACACUACACUAACGUUGGGUAGAUUUGCAAAAGGCAACAAAAAAAAACAAACAGGUCCGGAGGUUUGUCUGGUAGCAUCAAUUUAAUUGCAGUGCUAGGAAACGGAUCAGCGUAUAAAUUAGGCAUGUGUAUCCUAGGGGGAAUAGAAUGCUCUCCCGUGUACCAUGUGAGGUAUGUAAUACGAAUUUACCUGUUGAUUGAUUGGAUGCAAAGCUUCCCGGUGUUGUGUCGGAUGUGCGUUUGUUCGCGCACAGUCGGAAACGGUUGGAACAGAUUUGUUCCAGUUGUGUAUAGCAACUGGAAACUGUCAUGCGGCAACAAAGGAUAGUUUAAAAAAGAUCGAACCCGUUGUUGAUACAUGUUAUGCUCAAACAGAAAACAGAGAGAGAGAGAUAGAAAAAGAAACAUAAGACAUAAAACAUCCUAACGAAAAUGCUGAUAACAAACAGUUUUUUGUAAAUAUCCUAAUCAAACAGGUGCCGAGUUUUGGUCGCAUUCAAAAAAAAAACAAA